AAACGAUUUGCUAAUCGCUGCCACUGGCGUUAGAACGAAUAGAUUGACCAUAUUCAGUAGUCUAGGCAAGCGAUGUAGGUCCCCAAGAUGGGCACCAUCAAAUUGUAAGCUAAAAUAAACAACGUUCUUCAGUUACCACUGGUAACUUACCAGCUGUCCAGCUCUGUAUAGAAUUCUAUGUAGCUCCAAGUCCGUUUCCCCUAAUCCCCUUUCGAAGUCAAAAGCUCUAAGAAGCACCAUUUAUAAAAUAAUGAAACUGGAAACAUUUUAGAAGAGUGAUAUCUUCAAAUUGUUUGACUUUUCGUAUUUUAUUAUUAAAAUAUAAUAUAGUCAAUAAUUUCAAAGAAUGUGAUUUUUCAUAUUUACUUAACUUAACUAGAAAACACUAAUUUUUUUUUGACAACUAGAAAACACUAAUUAGUUCAAAAAUAAAUAACAUUAACCUUAUUUCUAUUUUUUAUACAAACAUAAAUAUACGAAUAUUACACCAAACGUAAUUAUAAUACUUUUAAAACAAUUUGAUAAUCUAAUCCUAUAAAUUGGAAUAAUAUUCAUAAACUAGUGUUUUGAAAUUGUUUUGUUUUAAUGCAUUAUAUUCUGAUAUAGUUUUUGUAUUGACAUAUGUUAACGAUACUGGUAAUAAUAUAUUUUGAAGAAAAAAAAUUGUAUUGUAAAUGGAUUUUUAUAUAGAUAAAUUUUAAAAUUAAUAAUGGGUUGAUAAUUUUAGUUCAAAAUUGAUUAAGGUAUUAUUCGAUCGGUUAUGUUAACGAUAAUAAUAAUUUGAUAUUAAGUAUCUUUAGAGGUUGAAAUAGAUGUGAAUGAGAACAAAUAUAUAAACCUAUUAUUUUUUUAUAAAUAGUAACAAUAUGCUAGAUAAAAUUUAACAAAACCUAUAAUAAUGUAUGUAUCAACUGAACGUUAAACCUUAGUUAAAUAUUGGUGAACUCCAACCAUAAACUUAAAAUCCUAAAAUCUGAAUUAUAAACCGUAAAUAUAAAAAGCUAAACCCUAGUCUACGACCAAUGAAUUCUAAACCACCUAAUUAAAUAUACCCAAACUUUAAAUCCUGAAUUAUGCCUUAAACACUAAAAGCUUAAAAUCUAACACUGAAUGUUCUUUAACAUUGAAUGUUAAACACUUGUCAAAACUAAAACAUUUAAAGUUUUGUUGCUAGUCAAACUCGUUUUGGUUUAAUUAAAUUCAUCUCAUAAUAAUCUAUGCAAAUAUAUUAACCAUUUCAACAACUAACUAACAAAGAUAAACUUGAAAAUUUGGAAUUUAUAAUGUAGGUUUUAUUAAAAAUAAGAGUUCUGCAUUGAUAUAUUCAUCGAAUUUAUAAUGUACUACAUCACAAUCUAAAUCAUAGAUUCAUCGAAUUUUCUUGAUAAAAAGAUUCAUUUGAAUUAAAAAAAUUAUUAGUGACUCUAAGAUAACAUGCUAGAUUAACUAUAAUCAUUAACUAUAAAUGAAAACAAUGAUUUUGAGAUUUGUACCAUCUGAGAUGGUUUGAUAGGUUGACAAAUAUUAUGAGAUUUUAAUAUCAUCUUUGCAAGCAAAAAGAAAUAUUCUCUCUCUCUCUUUCUUUUUUUAUCAAAACCAAUUGAUGAACAAAUAUUCUUAUUUUCUGACGUAAAGAUUAUAAUUUUCAAUUUAAACAUGGUUUUAAACCCCCAAAAAAAUCUAAUACAGCUAAUAAAAUAGUGUUAAGGAAAAGUGGGGAUCGCAGGAUUAUAAAGUUCUGCUUUUCAAGGCAGAUUCAAAGUCUUAUACAAAUAAAGUAACUGAACUAAACAGAGAAACAAAUAAAAGAAAAAAUUAAAAAGAAUGAAAUACCAAAAAGGUAAAAGUAAUUGUAGUACAAGUCAAGGGGUAAUUUCGGUAUUCCAACUACAUCUUCUUCCUCUUUUUUUUUCUUUUUUUUUUCAAUUUUCACAAUCCAAAAGACUCUGAAGGCAGAUUUUUCGUUUCCUCUGCUUCCUCCUCUGGCGUUUCCUUCGGGAGAACAAACGCCGGUCAUCGGGUUUCGAAAACCAGUGAUUCUGCAACAUGGAGGAAAAAUGCGAGGAGCUUGAGGUGCCCAUGGGGACUCUAAAGUCAAUAAGCUUUAGCAUUUCGAAUAACAAAGACCGAAAAAACAUGUCUGUCAUGGAGGUUGAAGCAGCGAAUCAAGUGACUGAUUCCCGGUUAGGGCUCCCAAAUCGGGAUGAUAUAUGCAAAUCAUGUGGCAGCAAAGAUAGAAAAGUUUGUGAAGGGCAUUUUGGGGUUAUAAACCUCAGGUACCCGGUGAUUAACCCGCAUUUACUUAAGGAGGUAGCUACAUUGUUGAACAAGUUCUGCCCUGGAUGUAAAUACACGAAGAAAAAACAGUCUCAGUCUCAGAAUCCUGAAGACCGGCCUGACAGAUGUAGAUAUUGCAUUUCAAAUACAGAUUACCCUCUAAUGAAGUUCAGGGUAACAACAAAAGAAGCCUUUAGGCGAUCUGGAAUCGUUUGUGAAGUGAGUGAAGACAAUGUGUUGAAGCUCAGUAAACGGGGACUAUCAGCAUUACCUCCAGAUUAUUGGGAUUUUAUGCCUAAAGACCCAAAUAUCGACGAAAGCUGUUUGAAACCAAGCAGGCGGAUUCUAACUCACGCACAGGUUUAUGCACUGUUGAGUGGGAUUGAUGAGAGGGUGAUCAGGAAGGAGAUCCCCAUGUUCGACUCUCUUCCUCUGGCAUCUUUUCCAGUUACACCAAACGGUCAUCGUGUAUCCGAGAUGGUCACUCAGUUCACCGGGCCUCGACUAGUUUUUGAUGAACGGACUCGUAUCUACAAGAAACUAGUUGGCUUUGAAGGAAAUGGUCUUGAGUUGAGUUCACGUGUGAUGGAAUGCAUGCAAUACUCAAGACUCUUUUCGGAAAACGUGUCUCCGAGUCAAGAAUCCGCGAACCCUUACCAGAAGAAGUCAGAUACUCCCGAGCUACGCGGUCUAAGGUUCAUGAAAGAUGUGCUUCUCGGCAAAAGAAGCGACCACACGUUCCGCACAGUGGUUGUCGGCGACCCUUCUCUCAAGCUCAACGAGAUCGGCAUACCUCGGAGUAUCGCAGAGAGGCUUCAAGUAUCCGAGAAUCUCAACGACUGGAACAGAGAUCGUCUCGUCACUUCCUGUUUCCACAAGCUCCUCGAGAAAGGAGAGACUCACGUGAGGAGAGGAGGUCGCUUAGUUGGUAUCAGAGCCAUCGACGAUCUCCAAACGGGAGACAGCUUCUUACGCACGUUAAAGGAUGGAGACACGGUGCUGAUGAACAGACCUCCUUCCAUUCAUCAGCACUCGCUCAUCGCAAUGUCUGUUAAAGUCCUCCCCACUACCUCCGUUGUCUCUUUAAACCCCAUCUGUUGCUUACCCUUUCGUGGUGACUUCGAUGGAGACUGUCUUCACGGGUACGUUCCUCAGUCUAUCCAAGCCAAGGCUGAGCUCGAGGAGCUUGUGGCUUUGGAUAAGCAGCUUGUUAACAGACAGAACGGUCGUAACUUGCUUUCGUUAGGACAGGACAGCUUGACGGCUGCGUAUCUGGUUAACGUCGAGACGAACUGUUUUCUGAACCGAGCUGAGAUGCAGCAGCUUCAAAUGUAUUGCCCCUUUGAGCUUCCUCGGCCUGCGAUCAUCCGAGGUUCGUCUACGAGCAGUGAGCCGCAAUGGACGGGGAAGCAGCUGUUUGGGAUGCUUUUCCCUCCCGGGUUCGAGUACGCUUACCCUCUGAAUAAUGUGGUUGUAACCAACGGGGAGCUUUUGUCUUCUUCCGAUGGGUCUGGUUGGUUGCGUGACGGAGAAGGAAACUUCAUCCAGGGUUUGAUGAAGCACGAUAAAGAGAAAGUUCUUGAUAUAAUCUUCUCGGCUCAAGAGAUGCUCUCUCAGUGGUUACUGAAUCGAGGACUGAGUGUUUCUUUAUCUGAUUUGUACUUCGCAUCUGAUAAACACUCUCGGAGAAACUUGACGGAGGAGAUUAGUUACGGCUUGCAAGAAGCUGAGCAAGUCUGCAACAAGCAGCAGCUCAUGGUCGAGUCCCGCAGAGACUUCCUCGCGGUCAACGGAGAAGAAGAUACGGUCGUCGCUGAUGAUUUGGAGCUGUUCUGCUACGAGAGACAGAGAUCAGCUACCUUAAGCAAGCUCGCGGUUAGUGCCUUCAAGGACGCGUAUAGAGACGUCCAGGCUCUGGCGUAUAGAUACGGAGACCAGUCGAACGCGUUUCUCGUCAUGUCCAAAGCUGGUAGCAAAGGGAACAUGGGGAAGCUCGCUCAGCACAGUAUGUGCAUUGGUCUUCAGAACUCUUCUGUUGCGUUGUCCUUUGGGUUCCCACGUAAGCUGACUUGCGCCUCGUGGAACGACCCCAACAGCCCGCUUCGAGGCGCAAGGGGAGAAGACCGAACGGCUCAUGAGUCUUUUGUUCCCUUUGGUGUCGUUGAGAGUUCGUUUCUGACGGGUCUGAAUCCUUUGGAGUCUUUUGUUCAUUCCGUGACGAGCCGAGACAGCUCCUUCAGCGGUAAUGCUGAUCUUCCCGGGACGCUUAGCAGGAAGCUGAUGUUCUUUAUGAGGGAUAUAUACGCUGCUUACGACGGGACGGUGAGGAACUCGUUUGGUAACCAUUUGGUUCAGUUUCGUUAUGAGAGUAGUGAUGAUGCAGAAGAGGACAUGACUGGUGAAGCAGUUGGAUCACUUUCUGCUUGUGCGAUCACCGAGGCUGCUUACAGCGCUCUUGACCAGCCCAUUAGCCUUCUUGAGACUUCGCCUCUUCUGAAUCUUAAGAAUGUGUUGGAGUGUGGGUCGAAGAAAGGUCUGAAAGAACAGACAAUGUCUCUGUACUUGUCUGAAACACUUUCUAAGAAAAAGCACGGGUUCGAAUACGGGGCACUGGACAUCAAGAGGCACUUGGAGAAACUGUGUUUCUCAGAGAUUGUUUCAACGUCCAUGAUAAUAUUCUCUCCGAGGACUAACACAAGGAUGCCUAUGAGCUCGUGGGUUUGCCAUUUUCAUAUCUCCAAGAAAGUACUGAAACAGAACCAGCUGGACCUCGAAUCUGUUGUCUCUUCAUUAAACAAGCAGUAUGCGAACAGGAAGAAAGAACUGAAGCUUGAUGUAAUAGAUUUAGAUAUACAAAGCAAAAACCACUGCUCUUGGGAUGAUAAGGCAAUGGAAGAUGAUAGAGUCUGCAUCACAGUUACUGUUCUCGAAGCCUCCAGGCACGAUUCUUUGGAGCUUGAUGCUAUUCGCCUUGUCUUGAUCCCUUUUCUUCUCGACUCUCCUGUCAAAGGCUACCGAGAGAUUAAAAAGGUGGAUAUCUUAUGGGUUGACAGACCAAAAGCUCCCCAGAGGAACAAGAAAGGCUUGGCGGGUGAGCUUUUCUUGAAGGUUACAAUGCAUGGAGUUCGUGGCAAAAGGAGCUUCUGGAGCGCUCUUCUCGAAACCUGUCUUCCCAUUAUGGAUAUGAUCGAUUGGACAAGAAGCCAUCCUGAUAAUAUCCGACAGUGCUGCUCUGUUUACGGAAUAGACGCUGGACGUAGCAUCUUCCUAGCGGAUUUGGAGUCUGCUGUGUCGGAUACGGGCAAGGCGAUGCUGCGGGAACAUCUGCUUCUUGUAGCUGAUUCCCUCUCAGUCACCGGAGAGUUUGUGGCGCUAAACCCCAAAGGCUGGAGUAGACAAAGACAGGCCGAGUCUACUCCUGCUCCUUUCGCUCAAGCGUGCUUCUCGAGCCCAAGUCAGUGCUUUCUCAAAGCAGCUAAGGAAGGUGUCACAGACGAGCUUGAAGGAUCUAUCGACGCAUUGGCUUGGGGCAAAGUUCCUUCUUUUGGGACUGGAGAUCAGUUCGAGAUCAUCAUCUCCCCUAAGAAUCAUGGGUUUAGUACACCGGUGGUAGACGUGUAUGGCUUUCUCAGUAGGACGGCCACGCUUCCAAAGAGAAAGGCUGUCCGUGCAACAAGCUCCUCCUUGCCCAAAUCAGACGAGUUCACGGUCCAGCCAUUCCCCGUGCUCGACACGGCUCUCUCGAAAGCAGUCAAGACACUCGAUGGGAAAGGACUCACCAGGUCGCAGCUCAGAAUGAUCUUUACAUGGAACGACAUGGAAAAGCUUUCUCGGUCGCUGAAGCGCAUUCUCUACAAUUACGAGAUUGAUGCUACGUUGAAUGAGUUGGACGGGAGACUUCUGAUGAUGGCUCUUCUCUUCCAUCCCAACAGAGAUGAGAAGAUAGGACCAGGCUUCAAAGGAAUCAAGGUGGCUAAUUCUAAGCACGGGAAUGCUCGUUGCUUUGAGGUGGUGAGAACAGACGGAACAACUGAAGAUUUCUCUUACCACAAGUGUGUGUUGGGAGCAACAGAGAUCAUUGCCCCUAAGAGGGUUAACUUCUACAAGGCGAAGUACCUUAGAAACGGUACGGUGCAGCCCGGUGCUAUCUGAAAAACAUACUCCAAAAAACAAACUUAUCUUUUGUCUGAUAUAAUAUUGAACAAUGUAGGAAGGUCGGUGUGUGUGUGUGUUCUGUGGAUAGAUAGAAAGAUAGAUAUAGGGGAAAAGCUUGUCUUUGCUCUAAGCUUCUUUUUGCUCCUUUCACUAUGUGAUACCUUUGCCUUCAACCUUUAAAAGGCUUAAAGGUUCAUUACUUAGUGGAAGCAGCAACGAGAAGCUGGCAAAGCAGAGCUUCUGUUCUGUUUCUUGUUUCUGUUUGUAAGACUAUGGUUUUUUCCCGGUUUAUCUAUCAAAUAUCCGGUUGUGUUAUUGUUCU